GAGACGAGAGAAAGACGCCGACAUGGCUGAAGCAGAGGAAAGCGAAGUUACUUCUGGAGGACUUUUUCAAGAAAUCUUCACGUCCCCGCUGAACCUCACCUUGUUAAGCCUAUGCUUGUACUUGCUUUACAAAAUCUUCCGCGGUGAUAGCCCAUCGCCAGUGGGCGAGGUGGAGAAACCGCUGCCUAAAAUGAAAAAGAGGGAUUUUACUCUGGCAGAGUUGAAGCCUUACGACGGAGUGCAGGAUCCGCGGAUUCUCAUGGCCGUUAAUGGGAAAGUGUUCGAUGUGACCAGAGGAAAGAAGUUCUACGGACCAGAUGGGCCAUACGGGGUGUUUGCAGGCAGAGAUGCAUCCAGAGGUUUGGCCACCUUCUGCUUGGACAAGGAGGCCCUGAAGGACGAAUACGACGACCUGUCAGAUCUGAACUCCAUGCAGCAGGAGAGCCUGUCUGAGUGGGAAAGUCAGUUCACAGAGAAAUACUACUACAUCGGCAAGCUUCUGAAACCAGGCGACGAGCCAACAGAAUACACCGACAACGAGGAGGGAAAAGAUAAGAAGACUGAAUAAAGGACAAAGGGAUGCAGAGGGGAAAAGGAGAGAUGCCUUAAUGUUUGUAAUUUGAAGCCUCUGGUCUACUUUGCAGUGUUCUCAGCAAACAUUUCUAUUUUCACCAAACAUCCUUCAACUUUUGGACCAGGCAUAGAAUCUAAAUUCAUCUCCGUUUAUUUGUCUGAAGGGCAUUAAUGGUUAAACACCCCGAGUAAUAGCUUUAAGGAUGGAGAAGUAAGCAACAAAAUCCUGAAACGUAUCAAGCUGGAAGCUCGCUCAGAUAAAUGGCCUGUUUGAUGAUGUGGAGGGGUCAAUACAGUUCAUUAAGAAAGUUUAAAUAAAGUUAGAGUUGCUAUACAUCUGGCGAAAGGGGAUGAACCUGAUGUUUUAUCUGAAUUCAGACACUGGGCGCAGUUAAAAAGCUUUAAAGGGCUGUUUUUGGAUCAUUCCAUGUUUCUGAUGGGAGCCUUUUAAAGGACGGACUCUUCAAACACAUUCCCACAAUUCAGAGGAUAAAUAUCCUAAAUGUCUACAAGUAGAGUGUAAUAAAUAACUGAAAUAGCAAGUUAUUAUUAUAAAGUGACGGUCUAGAUUUUUUUUUUUUUUUUAUACAUGAUGAAAUAAUUGCUCCAUGAUCUGAACUGAAACUGAUCAUUUAAGAGUAUUAUAAAAACGGUUCUUUAAGGCUCUUAAGUAUCUGGAUUUGCUGCUUCAUUUCUCACUGCAAUGUCAUUUUAAUGUGAAACAUAAAAUAAAAUGAAAGCCCUUUUUGUUUUUUAAUGUUUUAGCAUUAAAUUCGUGGAGUGUCCAGAUAACUUUAGAUUAUUUCACCAGCAGGACUUUUAUGAAUGAAAAAAAACAUUGCCAUGAAACUACUGUUUUUAAAUACCAAACUCUAAAGAUUAAACUCACUCAUUCUCACUG